GUGAACGCGGCCAAACAUGCUGCGACUGUCGUAGUCCACUACUACCAUCUACAUCUACCAACCAACUAUGAGUGAGACGCCGCCAAAACCAAAGCCAGGCUCUCUGCGCGACAGGAUCGCCGCGUUCGAGAACGCCAACAAGGGUGCGGCACCCGCCCCUGGGCCUGCACCACGUCCAAAGCCCUCGACCCUCCAGUCAUGGAAACCAAAGGUACCUUCACCACCUCAGUCGCCAGAAUCUGAGCGUAAGACUCCGGGGAUGUCUGCAUCAGACGCGAUGGAGAGCAUCGGAAAAGGCGGGAGUCUCAAGGAGCGCAUGGCUGCUCUCCAAGGAAAGGGUGCGUUUGGUGGGGGCACCCCGCCCCCGAUCCUCCCAAAACCUACAGACAAACCAAAGUGGAAACCACCACCACCAAUAUCACCUCCUGCAGAUGAGGUCGUUCCAUCAGGUGGGGCGAUUGAGGACCAAGGGUCUCCUCCCCGUGCUGCGGGUGAUCCUGAUCAUGAUCCUGCCAACCUAGAAGGCGAACACGAGGCCCAGGAUGGUGCCGCUGAGAUUGAACAAGAUCCGGAGGAAGAAGAGAGGCAGCGCCGUGCCGCGAUCGCUGCUCGUAUGGCUCGUCUUGGUGGUGCACGUGUCGGCAUGGGCCCGCCUCUGUUCGCCAAACCGGCUCCCAAGAAGCCAGCGACUCCUCCACCUCAGCCCAAGAAUGAGGAGGAAGUGGUUUCUCCAGAUUCAGCUUCAGAGGUGACUACACCUCCUGCGGAAGCUAUUAGACCUCCCACUGCCGUCAAGGAAGAGGCGCAGACUGAUUCAGAUUACUUCCCCGACCCUACACGUAAAGACUCCGACUCUUCCUCACUCUCCCUUGCAGAUUCCCCUUCCAACGCGGCAACCACCCGCUCAAUGCCAGUACCCGCCGGUCCACGCCGUGCAGCUCCCCCGCGCAAGAAGGCGUACAAGUCCCCUCCUGCGUCUCAGCUCCCAGAUGUCCCGGUACCUGAUGCAGCACCAGAAGUUACCGAAGAGGCCCUAGAUGCUGAACCCACAGAAGAACCCACUGCUCAGCCUAUGACUGAACCAGAACCAGAGGCCAGACCGUCUAUUGUAACGGUGACGUCACAAGAACACGUCGAAAGUCCAGAACAAGACCCAGUCCCGUCAUCGGAGCAGAUCCUCGUCAUCGGCGACGUACAGAGGGAGAUCGGCGAAGUAGGCGUAAGUGUCGAGCUUGACACAUCCGAGGUGGGCCCCGCAGACAAGCUCGAAGAGGAGGAUGACCACGUCUAUCAUGGCGAGCCUGAGCCUGAGCAGGACGAACAAGAACAAGAGCAGGAGGUACAGGAGCAGGAAGAACAUGAAGUGCACGAGCAGGAGGAAGAAGACGAAGCAGAGGAAGAAGCGCGUAGGCAACGUGUGGCUGCUAAGCUCUCCCAGAUGGGCGCGUUCAACCCACUUGCGGGGCCCCCGCCUGUACCCCGCCGGGAUUCCAUACCCUCACCUACCGCUAGACAUGACUCCCCCGCUCCACCUGUCCCCAUAGAAGAACCUCUCGACGUCGAAGACGAGGUCAAUGUGGACCUUGAAGAAGUCGGCGAAUCAAUUCCCUCUCCUCCUGCUGCCCAUAUCUCGCCCCAGUCACACGUAGAAGAAAAACCAGUGCAAGCCCAAGAAGCAAGAGAAGCAGACGAGCCCGCUUCUCGUGCUGACGAGUUCGACGAUGAAUCUCAGCCUGAUUUGGGCGCAACUCGCCGCGUGCUAUAUCACGAUGAGAUGGACGAACAAGAGCGAUAUGAGGAUCGGGUUUUAAAUGAGCCCGAAGCUUGGGAGUCUGCAUCACAGCCACACACUCUUCAUGAUGCUCCUCUAUCACCGCCACGUCCUAUCCCACAAGAUGACGACCCAGGCCAGGGUGACCCGAAUCAAUCAGGCACAAGCGCCCAAGACGAGGAAGCCGCAUUGACAGAUGCCGUUGACUCAGCACCGUCAGAUAAAGCGCACGAGAUCCUUGAACCGGAACUAACCCCAGACCAGUACCAGGACGACGACGAAAUGGCACCUGCACGUAUCACACGUCCCGUCCCGCCUCCGCCUGUCAAUUUAUCAUCAAAGCCAUUGACUGCACCGUUAUCUCCUCCACCACCACCACCCAGACUGCCAUAUGCACUCCAGGCUGACGAGGAAAGACCUGAGUCGCCUGCACCGCGGCCUGUGCCUCCUCCUGUCAAGAGUGUGAAAACCGCUGAGGAGCCACCUGCACCGCCCCCUCGCGUUGCUCGGCGGACAAGUGCGAGCAUCAAGUCUGUGGAUAUCAAGGAGGAGCCACCUGCACCACCCCCUCGCGUUCCUCGGCGUACGAGUGCGAGUGUCAAAUCUGUGGAUAUUCUGGAGGAGCCACCCGCCACACCUCCUCGCAUUGCCAGGCGUACGAGUGCAAGUGUCAAGUCUAUGGAUAUCGAGGCUCCACCUACACCACCGCCUGUGCCGACCUCCCCUCGCCCCUCGUUGCGCAGACCGACUUCUCCCCCGAUCAUCACAGCACUUCCCCUGGUUGUUCCUGUCGAGGAGGAUACUGAGCAAGAGUUCUUAGAUGCUGAGACACCCUCUCAGCCUCAACGAGUUCAAGAGCCUGAAGAAGGAGAUGAGGAAUCUGUGCGCAGACGGACGAUCGCAGAGCGUAUGGCGCGUUUAGGCGGGAUCCAGUUUGGUGCACCACCAGUCCCCACGCCGCUUACUCGACCCACGUUUCCCCGUGCACCUCCCCCGACAUCUAUCCCUCCUGAUGAGCCCGACGUUGAUGCUAAGGAACCUGAGGAGAGAGAUGAAACAGAGGAGGACGAAGCAGCGAGGAAGCAGCGAAUCGCUGCGAAACUUGCGGGUAUGGGUGGCAUGCGAUUUGGGAUGAUGCCACUCAGUGUGGGUGUAGCGCCUGUCACUGCCAGACGGCUUGCACCAAAGCAAGAUGAUAGUGAGAAUGAAGAUGCGGCGCUUCCUGUACCUGCACCUGCACCUCCCGCACGCCGACCACCACCACCUGUUGACAUCGAUCCGGAGCAGGAAUACAGCCAGACGACGUCGGAUGACGGCGUGCGUGUUGAAAUGGAGGAGAGUGAGAUUGAGGAAGUGUACUAUUCAGAUGAGGAUGUUCGAGAGUCGGUUGAGGUAGGGGUACCACCUCUGCCUCCGCCCCGACGGCCGUCUUUGGCGCUGAGGUCUGUUGAGGUACUUCCAACUCCUCCUCCGCGUUCGCCCCCUCCCAUCGGAAGACCUCCAAUUCCAUCCAUCCCUACUUCCUUGCUAAACCGUCGCUCUAGCGUUGCGACGGGAUCGGUACCGUCCUCCAGGAUAUCUUCGGUUGACUACUCCAGUGCGGCUGAGACUCCCGUACAAAAGCAGCGGAUUCAUUCGUCUCUACCCUUGGAAAGAGCCACCUCAUCAGAAUCUGGUACCCAGUCAGAGUAUGUGAUGGUAGAGUCUGAACUUGAUGCUGAGGAAGAGCCUCCUGCGCCUCCACAACGCCGUUCAAGCCGUGUUCCUCCUCGCUCGGUCCCUUUACCGCCGCCACCUCCACCAUCCGCUAUCGACCCUCCUGAACAGAUAGCCAGCAGUGCCCAGUGGGAACUUCCCUCGAUCCCCCAGGCUAUAUCUGAGUUUGACGAUGAAGGAGACCAAGCCUCGUCCGCAUUCUCAGAAGACUCGACGUUCCAUGAAUCCACUUCAACACCAACACGUAAAUCAGAGUCUCGCCGCACCUCAGGUCAGGCUGCUCGUCCUGUUGACCAGCAGCUCAGCGCGGACGACCUCAUGUCGCUCUGGGGCAAGGUCGGAGUGCAGGUGGUGGAGUCUGCUACGGGGCUGUUCGAAAAAUCCAAACGCUCGCUUGUUGGCGACGGUUCGUAUGCAGGAUUUGUCAAGGCUGUCCUUGCCCAAGUUCCCGAUGCGCUACGCGUCUCAGGGGAGGGUGAGGAUUGGGGAUACUUGAUCUACGUGCAAACUGCCGCGUCGGUGCAGCGCCGCGUUGCUGAUAUUCUUCCGGGCGACGUGAUCGUCAUUUUGGACGCGAAGUUUAAGGGGUAUAAGGGACUUCACACAUAUAGCCAAACUGUUGGCGCAGGGGAGAACGGUCCGCUUGUAGGUGUAGUGAGCGAGGUGGAGAGUAAAAAGAGCAAAGUUCGUGUAUGGCAAGCGAACCAGCAUGUCGGCCAGCAGACUGUGGAGAAUGUGAGUUAUAGGUUGGAAGAUUUGAAGAGUGGGGUUGUUAAGGUGUUCCGUGUCAUGGAAGCAUGAGCUUGUAUGGAUUUCAUUUGCAGUUGUUGUUGUACGUACAAUCUGGAUGGAUCGUGUACUAUGAUACAUACUAGUGAUUUUCAUUUGUAUUCGUUUACAUUCGUUCAUCAUUGACUGGAUGCUUUUUUUGAAUAUGUACUCGUUACCCUCAUUGUGUGGCGCACAAUGCCGUUCAUGGUGUUCUAGCUCUCUACGGAGUGUGUGCUCUGAAAUAUGCCAAAAUUAAUGAGUAUGACAACCAAAAUCAAUUGUUUGUAAAUCGAUU